GCUGCGUGGUUGCUAGGAGAAGUGAGGCCGCCAAGCCGGGAGCGGAUGCAGAGCGAGGGGCGGCAGCCGGGGGGCCCGGGACGGCGCCAGCUUGGAGGGUUCAUUAAACAUCGUAAAUGAUGUCCAGCAGCCCUCUCCAAGCCACUGUAUUUAAUUCUUCACUGGUGAGAACAAGGUGAAAUGGAACUUCAUGGCAUCUGUAGAGCCUGACCUGUACAGUAGAUGCCGGGAAUGUAAAAAUCAGAAGCUGUUGAUGCCUCCUCAACCCACGGAAGUGAAAAGUAGGAUUCGUGUCUACCAAUCCCCACAGAUUUGGAGCUUGGAGAAAAAGUGUAGCGAUGCCAUACACGCUCUCCAAAAAAAACCAGUAGGAUCUAAUGCAUACCAUCUGUGCUCUGAUUGCAAUAACACUGCACCUUCUACUUCCCCAUCAUCUCCUUUACUCACGGCACACAAUACAAAGUCAUCACGUAAUCUUCCUGAAAAGACGUUUGUUUUCCAGCGACCAGUGAGUGGCCACAAACCAUAUCAGAAGCUCGAAUCUUUGUGUUUGAGGCCAAAGAGUGUUGACCAGAGGCCUUACUCUACUUCUUCUCCAAUCCGAUACCUACAUUCUACACCUGCCAGUUAUUUUAGUAUGACCGGUGCCAUGACCACCUCAUUGAUGGAUCAAUUCCUUUUGCCAAGUGCAACUGGGGAUCAACUGGAAUUAAGUCCAAAGAGACCAUCAAGUGUUGUUCCAAAGCCGCCUUGUGAAUCUACAAGACCAUCUCUGAAUACAAACUCAUUCCUGCGUCCCAGUAGUGCUAAAGUGCCUUUGCAUCCACACCAAGGGAACAAGAAGACAUACACCUGCCCUGUUGGCACUAAUUCUUCUUCCUGGCACAAUGGUGGGACCGGAGAAUUGGGCCAGUUGAAUGGUAAUAUUCAGUGUCUCUCUCACCACUGCACAACAACACUGAAAUUCCCCCAACCUCCUACUUCACCCAAUAUCCUCAAAGGAUCAAGCCGAAUGGAGCCAACUGCCUGGGAGAUACUUGAACAUGGUAGCAAAAUGGACACUUUACCACACAGAAUUCAUCUAACUGAAGCUGUGAAAAAUUUAGUACAAAGCAGAAAUGUAUUAAAAAGCAAUAUUGCACCCCACGUUGAAGCAGCUUCUAAUAUGGCCUUCAGUAAAGACACUGUUCUUGCCAACUGCAAUAAAGUAACCUCUCCCUUAUGCCCAGGAAGCCAAAAAGAAUUCAUUCCUGGUACCUAUGUGUCUGAGGGGGCUUUCGUGAAUGGUAGCUUAAAUAUUGCUAGUGGUGCCACUGACUGUGCCAAGUUACCUGUUGAUGCUAAUGUUUCUAACCCAAAUAUCCACCGUCAAACAGUUAGUGCCCCUGCCUUGAAGAGAGAGAGCCAUCAGCCUGCAAUGCUUCAGAAGUCUCAAGGAGUGAACAUUACCGUGAUGGCCACACAGAUCUCUACCAUCCAUCUGGACAAAACGCAUAGGGUCCCAGAAAUUCCAGUGCAGUCUGAGAGUGUUUUACACAAACUGGAACAACCUUUGCCAAAUUGUGAGCUGCAGGGUGCCGAAGAAGAGCUGCCUGAUGGUUUGGAUGACCGUCAGGAGGAGGAGGAGGAGGAGGAAGAGGAUAUGGAAGAUGAGGAUGGUGAAGAUGGAGACACACCUGAUGGCUCAUUGAUCUACAGCUCUUCGGACCCAUUGCUUUCUGCAGUAUCCAGGCAAUGCCCGGAGAAUGUUCCUGUAAAUGGAGGUUCUGUUGUAAGACCCGCUCUAACCAAUAGCCUCUUCCCCAACAUGCCACAGACCGUAUAUUUUGGCACUCAAGAUGAAACUGUGCAGAGAUUACCAUGGGCACAACGAAAGCUGCUGAAAUGGAGAAUGAGCACAGUGACUCCUAAUGUUGUGAAAAUAGCUGUUACAAGAUCCCACUUCCGAGUUACCAAAAAAAAUCAUGAUUGGCUUGGAUGCUGGGGUCACCAUAUGAAAUCUACAGCUUUUAAGACCAUCCAGGCACAUCAGAAGCUGAACCAUUUUCCAGGGACAUUCCAGAUCGGUCGGAAGGAUCGCCUGUGGCGCAACCUGUCGAAGAUGCAAGCACGUUUCGGGAGAAAAGAGUUCAACUUUUUUCCCCAGUCGUUUGUUCUACCUCAGGAUAUCAAGCUGUUAAAGAAAGCUUGGGAGGAGGGCGGCACGAGGCAAAAAUGGAUAGUGAAACCGCCAGCGUCGGCCAGAGGAAUGGGGAUUCAAGUGAUACACAAAUGGAGCCAACUUCCUAAGAGGAGGCCGCUUUUGGUACAAAGGUAUUUACACAAGCCCUAUCUCAUCAGCGGGAGCAAGUUUGAUCUCCGGAUCUAUGUUUACGUGACUUCUUACGACCCCCUCAGAAUCUAUCUAUUUUCAGAUGGUUUGGUGAGAUUCGCAAGCUGCAAGUAUUCUUCCUCUAUGAAAAGUCUCAGCAAUAAGUUCAUGCACCUUACAAACUACAGUGUCAACAAAAAGAAUGCCGACUACAAGGCCAACUCCGACCAAACUGCCUGCCAGGGGCACAAAUGGGCACUGAAGGCGUUGUGGAGUUACCUCAACCAGCAUGGUUUCAGUAGUGAUAAAAUCUGGGAGAAGAUCAAAGACAUGGUGAUAAAGACAGUUAUUGCUUCGGAGCCAUACGUAAACAGCUUGGUGAAGAUGUACGUGCAGAAGCCAUACAGCUGCCAUGAACUCUUCGGGUUUGAUAUAAUGCUGGAUGAGAACCUCAAGCCGUGGGUUCUAGAAGUCAAUAUAUCUCCCAGCCUUCACUCCAACUCCCAGCUGGACAUGAAUAUCAAGGGCCAAAUGGUUAGAGACCUUUUCAACCUGGCUGGCUUUAUUCUCCCAAGCAAGGAAGACAUGAUGUCUGGAGAUGGAAGCGCAUGCAGCUCUACAAACAGUGUGAACAGCCACGGGAAGGUCCGCUGCUCAGCAGAGGUAGUCGGCACGGAGAAGAUGAAGAGAGCUCAUUAUCUUAGUUCAAAAAUACCAGACAAGGACUUGUAUGCUACUAUUUUAGACCAGCUGACACCUGAAGAUGUUAAAGUCUUGGCAGAAACUGAAGACGAGCUGUCGCGUUGUGGCCAGUUUGAGCGCAUUUUUCCGUCUCCCAUAUCUUCGCGAUACCUGCGCUUUUUUGAACAACCUCGCUACUUUAAUAUUCUCACCAAUCAAUGGGAACAGAAAUAUUAUGCAAAUAGAGAAAUGGGUCGGGAUUUCCUGAGAAGUUUAUGCUUGAGGAGUUACCAUACUGGUUUCAGUGGAGACACUAGAAUGUGGGCAAUGCCAAGAUCACCUGGACACGCUGAGAUUCACCGGAAUGGUUUCAGCAAAGCAGAAGUGAUCAAGCACAGUAAAGUGCCUGUUGCGUCAGAUGAACGUUUGAAAUCUUUCAGUAUUCCGCCUAUCCAUCAGAACCCGGGCAAUCUCCAGCACCCAGACCUCUGCGAGAGUCACCGCUUAUCACAGACGCUCUCCAGUGCUCCAGAGUCCACUUUGGUCAUGUGACAUGCCUCGCUGCCCUCCCUAACUGCAACUGCCCCACUGCACAAAAUCUACCUCAGGGGAUGAUGAAUUUCAAAACUGGGGGAGUAGGGAACCAAACGUGAGGGGUGUAAAGGGUAUCAUUGCUGUAUUGUACUGAAUGACACAAUUUUUAGAGGAGCAGAGAGGACACCACCUAGUGUAAUCCAUUUAUUUUUAUAAUUAAGAAGAAAAAAAAAACUGUUAUACAACCCAAGUGCCUCAGGAGAAGUGAGAAUUUAAAUAAUAGAGCAGAGAGAACUUUAUCAUGUGACAUUGUGCCUCAGAGCAUAACGCAUUUCACUAGUGGAUAAUCAGCGCUGUAACAAAUCUCAGGUCGGCCAUAUUAAAGGAGAUUGAAGGUGUGAUCUGCUUAUUAUCCUUUCUGUGUUUUAUGAAAGGGUCUGUGAGCCCAGCUUAGAGGAAUCUACUGUUUACAAAAUCAUGGUGGGCUCACAGCGACAUUACUGCUGUAAUCAUUGUGUCUUCUAUGGUAUUGUUAGGGUUGAGUUUUUUGCCAAAAUAAUAUAUUACUAAUAAAAAGCACAAACUUGUA